GAGUCACUCAGUACAGCUCGCAUGCAAAGUUUGCUUUUAGUUCUCAUUGUGAGAUCACAAGUGGAGGCUCCAACCCGUCCAGAAGUUCCUUUCUAUGGGGAAGCUGUGGCAGCAAGGCCACAAAGAGAGUCUGACUUAAUUGCAAUGGGAGAGAAGGAGAUGUGAUCAGGGAGGAGAACACAGAAGACUUCUAAGAUACCAGUAAUAUUUGAUCUGUUCUUAAAUCAGGAGGAGAUUCAGGAACUGAACCCACCAGCCUAUACGUUAAAGCUUGUUAUUUCACUGACUAAGGAAAGGCUACUUAAGAGGGCAAGCUCAGACAUACAUGAUCUGGAGUGGAUCUUCCAUGGGAAAACACGUAUAUAACAGAAAUUAUUGGCAAAAUUGAAGUCAGAGGCACCAAUGUGAGGUUCCAUCUGCUUUCCAGCACAUUCGUGGUUUCCUCACUUCUGCUAGACAACGUUUGAUCAGAAGGAACAGGGAACGAGAAGGAGCUGCUGGAUGGUGAUAAGCCUGAGAAAGAGAGGCUGGACGAGCAAAGACAGAAAAGAAACACCCACCUACUGUGACAUCACAAACACCCAGGCUGAGUUUUGAUAAGACAGGUUGAAUCACACUGGGGUGACAGCCUCAUCCCUCCAGGUACAAACAAGAAAAGGCCAUGGUUAACCAAAGCUCCCCCAUGGGCUUCCUCCUUCUGGGCUUCUCUGAACACCCAGCACUGGAAAGGACUCUCUUCAUGGUUGUCUUCACUUCCUACCUCUUGACCCUGGUGGGCAACACACUCAUCAUCCUGCUGUCUGUGCUGGACACCAGGCUCCACUCUCCAAUGUACUUUUUCCUCUCCAACCUCUCCUUCUUGGACCUUUGCUUUACCACAAGUUGUGUCCCCCAGAUGCUGGUCAACCUCUGGGGCCCAAAGAAGACCAUCAGCUUCCUGGGCUGCUCUGUCCAGCUCUUCAUCUUCUUGUCCCUGGGGACCACUGAGUGCAUCCUCCUGACAGUCAUGGCCUUUGACCACUACGUGGCUAUCUGCCAGCCCCUCCACUAUGCCACCAUCAUCCACCCCCGCCUGUGCUGGCAGCUGGCAUCUGUGGGCUGGGUUAUGGGUCUGGUCCAAUCAAUAGUCCAGACACCACCCACCCUCCACUUGCCUUUCUGUCCCCACCGGCAGAUAGAUGACUUUUUAUGUGAGGUCCCAUCUCUGAUUUGACUCUCCUGUGGAGACACCUCCUACAAUGAAAUCCAGUUGGCUGUGUCCAGUGUCAUCUUCGUGGUUGUGCCCCUCAGCCUCAUCCUUGCCUCUUAUGGAGCCAUUGCCCAUGCAGUGCUGAGGAUUAACUCUGCCACAGCAUGGAGAAAGGCCUUUGGGACCUGCUCCUCCCAUCUCACUGUGGUCACCCUCUUCUACAGCUCAGUCAUUGCUGUCUACCUCCAGCCCAAAAAUCCCUAUGCUCAAGGGAGGGGUAAGUUAUUUGGUCUCUUCUAUGCAGUAGGCACCCCUUCACUUAACCCUCUCAUAUACACCCUGAGGAACAAGGAGAUAAAGCAGGCACUCAGGAGGUUACUGGGGAAAGAAAGAGACUCCAGGGAAAACUGGAGAGCUGCUUAA